UUUCACCUUCGUAAAUUUUUUUGCGGGUCACCUUCGUAUAAUUAAAAAGUACUGAAAGGAGAUAAUUUUGGAGAAGGUCGUCGAAUCAAAGCUUUAAUUUGAUAAAAUGUCGUCUCCAGCAGAAUUCUACAAAUCUCUGCCACCGAUCACCAAAGCUUAUGGGACUAUAUGUUUAAUGACGACUGUAGCUUCGCAUCUGGGACUAUAUCGACUUGAAAAUAUUGCAUUAAUCCAUGAAUUGGUAUUUUCAGAGUUUCAGGUGUGGAGGCUUCUUACAAAUUUCUUUUUUCUGGGGAACUUCUCCAUGAAUUUUGGAAUCCGUCUCCUUAUGAUUGCUAGGUAUGGGGUUCAGCUGGAGCAGGGGCCGUUUCAAAGGCGGACAGCUGAUUUUCUCUGGAUGAUGAUCUUUGGAGCUAUUUCAUUGCUGGCAUUAUCAAUUGUUCCAAUUUUACGGGGUGCAUUUCUUGGCAUUUCACUGGUAUUCAUGCUUCUAUACAUCUGGAGUAGGGAGUUUCCUAACGCUCAAGUCAAUAUAUAUGGACUUGUUGCACUCAAGGCCUUUUAUCUACCGUGGGCAAUGCUUGCUCUGGAUGUUAUUUUUGGUUCCCCCCUUGUGCCAGACCUUAUGGGGAUCAUUGCUGGGCACUUAUACUACUUUUUAACUGUUCUGCAUCCUCUUGCCGGGGGAAGGAACAUAAUAUCAACUCCUAGAUUGGUGCAUAAACUUGUUGCUCGAGCCAGGCUUGAAUAUCCAACAAAUGCUCGUGUUCCGCAAGAGAGGACAACUGGUGUGGCGUUCACGGGGAGGAGUUAUCGGUUGAAUUCAUCCACUGGUCGAGGCUUUAGCUUGAGAAGAUUCUGGUCGUCUUGAACAACCCAUGGUACGAAGAACAAAUAUCUUAUGCCCUUUACAUACCAUGUGGCAGAAUGUGAUUGCUGGGGCGCUAAAUAGGAACAUGAAAAAGGGCAGAAAAUUUACCAUUCUGGUAUGGAAGUUACAAAUGCUAUUAUCAAUCGUUCAGAUGAUUUUAGAUGCUAUUUUAGGCUUUGUAUAGCAUGUUUUGAUCAGGAGGAGGGUUAGAUCUUAAACUAGUAGAAAUCUGAUUUGAUUCCGUUUUACAAACAUUUUUAAACAUUUUAUUUUUAUUUUUUAUGCUGUACAAAAUUUUCGGUGUUAUUAUUCAGUAAAAGAAAAAGGUCAUUUACCUAGUAAUAAA